UAGGGAACCUGAUUUGUUCCUCUCUGAUGCGUCGAUGAUACCUCAUAUUUCACCUCUUCUGUCAGCUACUGUGAAUUGGCAUUAGUCUUGUUAGACGAAAGCUGGUUUGGCUCCGAACAUGGCAAAGAUUCCAAGUGAUCCCCCAUGUCUGUCAGUGACUGAAGCCUGUGAGUAUGUGAAGUUACGUAGGAGAAGAGGGAGGUCACAGAGACGGAUGAGGACAAAGGAAGGAAUGCCUUCGGCAGCCGCAGUGGAAGACAAGGCCAAAGCCAGCACAGCUACGAGAAAGGGCCACCUUACCACCCUCUUUCUCGCGCACACAACAUAAGACAGGGAAGAGGAGAGGCGGAGAAAGGAGAGAGCGAGAGUGCCCUUCUUCUGCUGCUGCUGCUGCUGCUGCUGUUGCUGUUGCUGGUGGUGGUAUGGCGAAGCCCAGGAAGAAAGCCUUCCUACCCUCCAUCUUAGAAAAUAACGAGACUGCCCCUAGGUCUGGGGUCGAUUGCCCCGACCUUACGAGGGCUUUUUCGUCAAUGUAGCAGGCCCCUUACCCCUCGACCCCGAAGGAAGGCAGACAGGACGGAGCCAGGCAACAAGAAGCAGGGCGGGCGAGUACGAAGAGGAGGGGGGGAACCGUCUCUUCUUCGUAUGUGCGAUAGGGUCGGCAUGCGGAUGAUCCACGGCGGGUCGCUCAUGAUCCCAACUAUUUGUUGUGGUCUGAGGGAUCGUAGCUUUUGAGACAAAUAUUCUCCCCUGCUGGAACUUGAUGUUUAGUAUAAUGGACAAGAAUGCAUCCUUAUGGCAGAGAAGUUUGCAUGCCAUUUGUGACUCUCAUUCUUGCUUUUGAGGUUUUCUUUUUUGCUGGUUGAGAUAACUUUUCCACAUUGGUGAUUCAUUUCACAUCAAGUCAAGGAAUUUGAUUUUUCUUUCAAAUGUGUCAGCUGUGAUGAACCUAUCAAUUCAGCAAACUAUUAUCGUGUUAAAGAAAUUUGAUUUAAGUAGGUGAGAGACUGAUCAUAGUGUUCAUGUAUAUAUUUUAGUCACAUAUCAUUUCUGCAAUGAGGAUUUUAGCAAUGUGUAGAUAUUGCUAACUUGUUCAUUGAUUCAGAUUCUAUUCAUCCUCAUCUGAUGAUGUGCACAAUUUGCAAGUUCUGAUAUUUUGGUAUAUUUUUUUUGUGAAAUUGAUGGAUCGAUUAUCCUAUCAACAACCUUUUAUUAAAUUAAUAAAAUAUAAUUUUAUUAUAUGUAAUCUCUUAAUUAUCAAUUAUAUUUUUUUUUCUUAUAUCAUUUUAUUUCCUAGCUAUAUCGUUGUCACUCUUCGUUGCCAUUGUUCAUCGCUCAUGAUUAUGAGACGAAGAGGACAUUUACGUUUAACGUCGGCUCAUGAUUAUGAGACGAAGAUGGCAUUUACGUUUAACAUCGAUCGAUCGAUCGUUAUAAGAAAAGAAAAAAAAAAUAUUUACAUAUAUUUAUAAAAAAAUAUUUUUAAAAUAUUAAUAGUUUUUAAAAUAAGACCGUAAAUACCAAAAAAGAAAAGGUUUCUCGAUAUCCCAUCUCAGGCUUUUUGUGAGUAUUAGAUAGCGUGGUGGAUCGGGUUGACCUCGUCGUCUUCUUGUCCGCUGAACGUUCUCGUGUCGCCAAGCACCAAGUCAACGCGGACCGACAAGUUUGCUUGGGGGAGUAUUUUGUUGACUUCCUAACAUAAUCUUUCUCUGUAAUCUUGUUCUUGGAAGGACUCAUCGAGGAGGAAAGGAAACCGAAUUAAUGGGUUGAGAUCCUCCAUUUUCAUGAAGCGGAUCGGAAGAUCUCUCUUCUCAACUCUUACCAAGGAAUUAGGUGAAGACCUGUUCGUGCCGGAUUGAUGCUAUUCGUGCAGCAUCCAACCUUUGACCACGGCGGCAUCCCUCAUUUAGAUCGCCUCUGCUUACUCUUCCUCUCCUCCAUCGGCAAACCCUCAACAAGAAAGGAAGGCAACCCCUCGUUCAGGUACGUUCUGCUCCUUCCUCUCUUCUGAUGCUUCGUAUGAUUCAUGAUAUGAUUUCGGUGGAUGCUUGUGCACCUGCGAACUAGUACAGGUGGGUGAUCGAGAGGAGAAGACUUGGAAGUGGAGGAAGACAGGAUGCUGAGGCAAGCGUCGAGUAGGAACCAUGGGGGGUUCAGGGAGAAGAACGCGCUCCAGAUCGGCGUUCUGGUCGCCGUCUGCCUCUGGCUGCUCUACCGGAUGAAGUGCACUCACGACCAGAGGAAGGCAUAUGAGGACAGGUUCGGAGAUGAUGAGAGGGUCGCCAUGUUCGGCAGGGAGAGGCUCCUCCCUGACACGCUCGAGGCGGCUUUGCUGCCUGCGGAAGGCAGAACACAUGUGGUGAAGCAUGAAGAACUCGAGAAACAACAACACGAGGAGCGAUCGCAUGAGGCUCAAGAACAGAGUUUUAAGGGCGACGACGCUUCCAGCGAGGUCGUGCAUGGCGGCCAUGAAGCAGAGCACGAAGAACGGGUGCAGGCGGCGCAAGAAAGAAGCUUCGAAGCCGAUGAUGCCUCCAGUGCUGUCGAUCAUGUCGUUCGAGUUAAAGAAUCCGAAUCUGGAAAUAUACUGUUCGAUCCAGCUGAAACAACUAAUUCCAGCCUUGUUCAUGAAGGAACAGUGCUGGAGAAGAGGCCUUCCUCAAGAACAGCACCUGGUGAAUCGGAUAAGCAAGAAGAAUUGGGGAUGAGAUCGACAGACUCGUCGAAGGAUGAAAUCAAUGUGCGGGACAAUUAUACUGCAAUAUCUGAAGACUGGAGAGAAGCAGAGAGAAACCAGUCGACGGCGGUGCAUCCAGCCAUUGCUGUUGCUACAGCUGAGCCGGAAGUCCCAUGGCAUGAGGAGUCCGAUUCAUCGGAGACGACGAACAAUGUAGAGAGUAUCAAGUGACGAUGUGUGAUAGGCUUUUAGUAGUAGUAGUAAUAGUAUGAGAUUAUAAUUUGAUCA